AUGAGCCCCCCGAAUGAAGAUCCCACAGAGCAUUUGCGCCGGCGCGUAGCCGAGACCCUGGCAGACCAGCUGAACCACGCAUCGUUUGACUGGUCCGCGCUGGCACGGCUCGAUAGGCCGGUUUUGCGCAUAGAGGCCUGCCUCGAAGAAGGUUCGCAUGCUGCCAGGGAAUCAACCCCGAAAAGCGCCGUGAUUACUCAGCUUAUUGAUCUGUCUGAUGUCGCAUCGACAUGUUCUUCCCCUCGCAAGGCUACGGCAGAACUGACAGAUACGCCUCAUAAGGCCAUCCCAUCCGGCGAUACGGCCAGAGUUCCCAUCUCAGCUCCGGCGGCUGGGCAUAUCAGUUCUCUCGCACCUCGCAAGGAGCUAAAGCCCAAGGGGAAUGCCACCGCGGAGCCGUCUGAGCCUUCGCCAGACGAGAACAGUGACAAUUCCGAUCUGGACUCGCCCACGGAGGAUCGAAGAAAAGAGCUUGGUGGGCUGCGGCCUGCACGUCAAGACUCCACGACACUGGAGACUGCUGACAGCCAAAGGCAGAUCCACAGCGGCGACAAGUUCCCCAAGAGGCGGAAGCUAAAGCCGGUUGGCCAUUUCCUGCAGCCCUCGACCCUGGACAAGCUCAUCGGUGGGAUAUGGGAGCAGAUUCAUGGCAGCCUCAGUCUCGAUCCACAGAGCCUCCUGGGUCAGUCACAGCUGAGGUCGCUUGGCGCCGAGGAUGGCGCCGUCAAUGCCAUCGCAGCGCCGAUGGCUCUCGCGCGUACUGGAGCAAAGGAUCCCAAUGGACGGACUCCACAAUCCGACGAGGCCUUCAGCCGCAGCAACGUAUUUUGUCGCCAGGUGACCCAAGCGAGCCGUGCAUGCCGUUCUCUUGAGGUUAUUGUGCAGGCCCGCUGGGUCGAGUACUUCGAUUCGUACGUCGACAGUUGGGCCAACGCCAACCCCUUGGUCCCGCGUAGCAGAUACAACAAGGCCGCGCUGAUGGGCGCCUGUGCGGAUUUUGGCUGGACCGAAAAGGAGCUUCGGAACAAGAUGUACGUUUGGCGGGGUUAUAAAGAGAUUAAAGACGCCGGUGGGUGGGCAUCGCUAGUCUUUGCCGGCAUGGGCAUAUACCGCUUCUGCAAGUAUCGUAUAGGCUUCGAUAAGGAGAGCAUGCAGCGCCUACGGAACCUGCAGCCGGCCAUCGAAGUCGCCGCCGAUACACUUCACCCGCAAUGGAGGCAGUUGUUGACAGUGAUCGGGGAACCUUCACAGCGAGCCUUUGAUGGCCACGCUCACGAUUGGGUAGUCUUCCUCGACGGCAGCGACCCGAUCCCCUUGCGAAACACGUACCUCCAAUGGGACGCAGAUUUUAGCUAUCGCCAACUUGACGAAUGCGUCGUAGACGAGCGCGUAUGGGGGUGUGAUGACCCUCGCUGGCAGCCCCCUACAGACGAGAUUGUGCGGGCCACGGCAAUGCCACUGUGCGAGACGUGUGGAAAGGAGCAGUCGGAUGACCCCAAAGUAAACAACUGUUACUGCUUCCCUACCAUCUUCGGCGGUGGUAAACUGAGCUCCAGCCCUGUCCUUGUAUUUAGGACGGCCGACGGCAAAAAUAACGGGCUUCUGGCCCUGUGUGCAUUCGAAAGAGGUGCGCCGAUUGGGGAGUUCGUGGGCGUCAUCACAAAGGGCCUACAGAACGUCGAUGUCAUGGAGAGCUCGACGGCAUCGACCAAUUACCAGAUAUGGCAGGGCAGGCAAGGCAACUUCACGCGCUUCGUCAACCACAGCUGCAAUGCCAACGCGCAGUACCAACGGUUCACGUGGCUGAACACGCAGAGAAUUGUCCUGGUCAGCAAAGGCAUCGACGCGGGCACCGAGAUCACAGUGGACUACUCGGACAAGUACUGGAAAGGCCUGGAUAAGAAGUGUCUCUGCGGUGAGACCUGUUGUCGGUAUAAGAGAGACGAGACCAAUACAGACAGCUGA